AUGGACUGACAUCUCCAACUCUUCUAACUUGCGAUUUUUUACUUAAACUGGGCUUAAACUCCCAAAACGUUUUACAUUUUCUUCACUGAGUAGUUGAAUUCGGGGACUCAACCGACCAUCAUGUAUUCCCCGGUGUCCAAAUACAGCCCAGAGGCACGCAAGAAGAUGAGCUACCGAACGACCAAAACCAAAAGCUGCGGAUACUACAUGCGGAUCGUCUUCUUCUUCUCUUCCCUGAUCCAGUCUCUCAUCAUCGUCAGCCUGGUGCUCUUCCUCAUCUACGGGCAGCAGCACGACACAGUGUCCGUGGACAGGAUCCAGGACCUGGAGAUGAGGUUCAACAAACUCAACAUGGAGACGGUGAGAUUGAGGCUGCAGAGGAAGAACCUGACCAGUCUUCUGAACGCCACGGUGCAGGAGAUGACCAAGAACGAGUACGAUCUGACCCACCUGAGGAGCACAGCCAACAUGUCCUACUUCCUCCUGGCCGACAUGGAGAGGAAGCUGCAACAGUGCACCUUUGAAAAGCUAACGGGACGUAACUGCCCAGAGGUCCGACCCCCUAUGAACCCUUACUCGUUCGGUGUUGGUAUUGGAGGUGGCUGCAACUGUGCAAUGCAAAUAGAAACCUGCAAAGCCCAAGUAAUGAUGAUCCAGUCCAACUUCACCCAGACGGCGAUGCAGAUGCAGAUGGAGAUGGACCAGAUAGCCAAAGAACGCGACAACGUCAACCUGGAAGCAAUACAACUCCGAAGGGACAAGUUCUUACACGAGAAAGCCAUCGAGCUCUACCAAAUCAAAUGCAAAGACGAAUUCAUCAACUCCUUGAGCGGAAUCACGAACGUCUCCAAAGCGUUCCUCAAAAAAAUCGAUAACGUAUUCCCCACGCACAACUCCUUCCACCUCACCUGCCCCAAACAGAGAGAGUACCUGGAGCAGAUCCGAACCAACUGCACCAACCUCUCAGAAGAAGUGGUGAGAAAAUUCCAGAGCUAUUUGGACAAUCUGGGAGAUAAGGUGUCCAUGUCUCAAGGAAACAUUAGCAUCUUAACUGCGGAGAACAUGCGAAUGACGAGAGACUACAAUCAGUGCAGUCAGAAUCGUACGGGUUUGAUCAGGGAGCACAGACAACACGUGGAGAGGAUCCAGCUGAAGAACGACGAGGAGAAGGAGAAGCUGUUGAAAGAGAAAAUGAGGCUGAACGGAGAAAUCGAGGUUCUGGAGAGCAGCGUCAAGUUCAAGAACUCCGAGCUGGCCCAUCUCAACGAGCUGCUCAAGCAUCUCAACAUGUCCUGCAUUCCGAGGGGUGGAAGUUAUUUCCCUCGCUCGGGUACCCAGUCUGGCUCCCCCUGGGGAAACACUGGCUCCUCCAACACUGGCUCCUCCAACACUGGCUCCUACAACUUCGGCUCACCCAACUCUGGCUAUCCCAACUCUGGUUCCUCCAACUCUGGCUAUCCCAACUCCGGUUCCUCCAACCCUGGUUAUUCCAACUCCGGUUCCUCCAACUCCGGCUCCUCCAACUCUGGCUAUCCUAAUACUAGACUUAUGGCUCAGAACAACCACAACUCUGGCUCUUCUAGCUCGCUUGGGUCACCAUAUGGAUCAACUGGGUCAAAUACAGGCCUGGGCUCAUCCAACCAGGGCUACAACAAACCUUCAACUGGACUGGGAUCUUUAGGUCUUGGAUCCAAUAGUAACAGUGGUGGUCUUGGGUCUUCUGGGUUGAAUAAGCCAGGGUCCAGUAACCAAGGAUCCUCAGUUGGGUCAUCUUUUGGGUCAAAUCCAAGUUCAUCUGGGACUGGUUUGAAUAAACAGACUUCAACAGGGUUAGGAUCUUCGCUAUUUGGGUCUUAUAAUAAUCCAAGUUCCUCUAGUCAGAAUCAGAAUAAGUUUGGGUCAAGCUCUGCGACGGGAGCCAGUUCUUCCAAUUCAAAUUCUGGGUCGACAAAUUCAAAUUUUGGGUCUAGUUCUAAUUCCAAUUUCCGUUCUCCUAACUCCAAUCAGGGUUCUUCAAAUUCAAAACCCGAAUCUUCAAAUUCUAAUUCUGGCUCUUCAAAUUCCAAUUACGGGUCGUCAAAUUCCAAUUACGGGUCUUCAAAUUCCAAUUACGGGUCUUCAAAUUCCAAUUAUGGGUCCUCCAAUUCUGGUCUCGGUUCCUCUAGCAAUUCCAAUCUUGGUUCUGGUUCUUCUUCCAGUUUAUCCAAGACAACAUCUAACUCAAGAAGCUCCUUGUUUGGUUCAGGGUCAAGUCUGGGUUCUGGAAGUUCUAGCCAAAACAAGAUGUCCUCCUCAUCCUCCUCAUCCUCCUCAUCCUCCUCAUCCAGCAAAAGUUCUCCAAGUUCUUCCAGCUCUUCGUCUGGGACAAGUUCAACGGGCAAUAAGGGAUUCGGAUGGAGUUGGUUGGGAGGUGGUAGUAGUAGCAGCAGCAGCAGCAGUAGUAGUAGUAACAGUAACUCGGACCAAAGCAAACUAGGAAGCAACCAAGGGAGAGGAUCGUCAAACAGCGGGACCGGUUAUGGAGCUUUUGGUGCUGAAAGGAACUCAUACAUACGAUCCGACAUUUUCAGUGAACACAUGCGAAGUCUGGAGCGAUACGCCAUCCCCUCAGGACAAGAACACAGAGAGAGACAGGAGCUCUCCAGGACGAUCGGCUAGUGCGUUUGAAACCGAAAACAUCCAAGCACCUUAAUCUGCGUGACUAUCUGGCAACCCCAGCUCCACUCUGGGUCUCAACGGACAAUAGUGGAAGAAGACUGUCUAAGAGUGUUCAAGACCUUCUCCUCUUUGAAAGUGUAGAGGUCUGUCUGUGCCGAGACAAACUACCUGUACCGUGGUGUUACUGAUGAAAACCAAAAAGUGUAUUUCUGGUAAUGUUAUGUGUUCGUUUGUGAUUUGUAAAAUAGCUUUGUUUGUUUAUUAUUUUUUUACAUGUACGAUUUUGAAAAGUUAAAAUCAUAAAAGUGAACAUUAAAGCUGACUCAAAUA